AUGUUGCUCCAACCGACCUCAAGUCGCCACUUUGAAGACUUUCGACAUGUCGAACCCAAGAUCCUGACCACAACUUCGUCGUCCUCGCGGGCCACCAACGCCCCUUACUUCGAGCGCCGCUCACUGCCCCUCACAAUCAUGAGGGCCGGCACUUCGAAAGGCCUCUUUAUCAAAUCCACCUCACUCCCGGCCUCGCGCGCCUGCUGGCAGCACAUUCUGCCUUCGAUCAUGGGCAGCCCGGAUCCGUUCUCGCGACAACUCGACGGUCUGGGUGGCGGAACAUCCACCACGUCGAAAAUCGCAGUGGUCUCGGUCAGCAGCGCACCUGAGCUCGCUGAUGUCGACUACCUUUUCAUCCAGUGUCCCAUCGAAGGCGAGGUGCUGGACUUUACGGGUAAUUGCGGCAACAUUCUCAGCGGUGUGGGACCCUUUGCGCUCGAAGAGGGGCUGGUGCCCAAGAGCGUUCUUGCCCCGCUCAAGGCGUUUGCAUCUAGCAACUCUGGCCGCGAAGAAAAAGUGGCGCUGACACUGCGGUGCCUGAACAACAACCAGCUGAUCCGAUCGACGUUUUCCGUGCAGAACGGCAAGCCGGUCGAGUUUGGCGAUAUGAAGAUCGACGGUGUCUCGGGCACGGGCAGUCCGAUCCAGCUCGACUUUCUCGAGCCAGCGGGGAGCAUGUGUACGUCGCUGUGCCCGACGGGGAACCCUGUCGAUCUGCUGCACGUUGAGGGAGAGGACCUGCCCAUCGAGGUCUCGUGCGUCGACGCGGCCAACCCGUUCGUUUUUGUCAGACUGUCCGACAUUGACGAGUCGCUCUCGGGUAGUGAACCGGCGUCGACGCUGGUGCGCCAUGCGGAGCGGGUGGAGCGCAUCCGCCAGGCUGCUGCUGUGCUGAUGAAGCUCGCGCCGGACACUGCCGCUGCGGCGCUGACGCGUGGGACGCCCAAGAUCUGCCUCCUCGCCCCCGCCCCCGCCCCCGCCCCCGCAUCUGCAAUCGCGAGCGGGAGUGUGAGCGGGGCACACAUCACCGCGCGCUCGUUCAGCAUGGGCAAUCCACACCCGGCCCUGCAGCUCUCCGGUGCCGUGUGCCUGGCCGCGGCGUGCUACAUCCCCAACAGCAUCGCGAAUGCAAUUCUGCUCCAGGGAGGCGCGAGGAAGAUCAUGCCCGAAAAGCUGAGGAUUGCACAUGCAUGUGGCGUCAUCGAGGCAACCGCGGAUGUCGAGAUGGAUCCCAAGACGGAGGUGGGCGUGCAUGUGAGGAGCACCAGUUUGUUUAGGACCGCCAGGCGGUUGGCGAGUGCCGAGGCGUAUUACCUUUCGCCGACGCAGUAG